AUGGAAAAUCAAACCAUCAUCUCUGAAUUCAUCCUGCUGGGAUUUCCUGCCGGACUAGAGAUUCAGUUGUUUCUGUUUGUGACCUUCUUCCUAACCUAUGUGUUGACAGUCCUGGAGAAUCUCAUCAUUAUAUCCAUAGUAAAAUGUAACCAGAACCUUCACAAGCCCAUGUAUUUCUUCCUGGGAAAUUUAUCUUUUUUGGAAAUCUGGUAUAUCAGUGUCACACUUCCGAAACUGCUGGUGGAUUUUUGGUCACAAAGCAAGACCAUCACUUUCCACAGUUGCAUGGCCCAGCUCUAUUUCUUCAUCUCACUUAUGUGUACUGAGAGUGUCCUCCUUGCUGUUAUGGCAUAUGAUCGAUAUGUAGCUAUAUAUAAUCCACUUCGCUAUCCUGCUAUCAUGACCCACAAAUUAUGUUUCCAGUUGGCUGUGCUGUCCUGGUUGUGUGGCUUUUCUGUCUCCUUUGUCAAGGUCACUUUCAUCUCCAGGCUGAGCUUUUGUGGCCCAGGGGUCAUUAAUCAUUUUUUCUGUGAUAUCUCUCCUGUACUCAAUCUUUCCUGCACCGACAUGUCAAUGGCUGAGAUGGCAGAUUUCAUUCUGGCUUUGGUCAUCCUCCUUGGCCCACUCAUAGUCACAAUAUUAUCCUACCUAUUCAUCAUCACUUUUAUUUUUCGCAUCCCUACAGCCCAAGGAAAGAAAAAAGCUUUCUCAACCUGUGCUUCACACCUCACUGUGGUUACCAUCUUCUUCUCAUCAACGGUCUUCAUGUAUGCCCGGCCUAGAAAAAUCCAUCCCUUUAACCUCAAUAAAACAGUGUCCAUUUUCUAUGCUGUAGUCACCCCGGCCCUCAAUCCUCUCAUAUAUUGCCUGAGAAAUAAGGAAGUCAAAGAUACAUUGAGGAGGAAUAGGGGCAGGAAAUGUACAGGUGGAUAA